AUGGCGUUCAAACUUACACAAUGCGGACGAGUUGCGUAUCGACGCUUCAACAGUCGCGUGCUUUAUGCACCAAACUCCGGACUGCGUCCUGAUACCAUCGCCAGUUCGUACGCAGUGAAGCCCAAUAUCGAAGCUCUCUUCCGGUCGUUAUCCCUGAGCAACUCAUAUGCUACCGCUGCCACGCCAAAAACUAAGACCAAGAAGGAAACCUCUAAGAAACCUACUCCACCGCCCAAACGUGGCCGUCCACCAAAGAGUGAAAAGGAGAAGAAGGCUGAAAAGAAGGCAAAGGAGGCAAAGAUUCAGGCAAAGGAAGACUUGAAGAGCCUCAAGCAAGCUGCCCUAACGCCUCCCAAACCCCUACCAACAACAAAAUUUGCCAUCUUUUCUACUGGAAAGGGGCCUCUUUUGGAGUCGUUGAAGGAGUAUAAAAACAUAUCCGGGUUCCAGGUUGAGGAGCUCGAGCAAACUGCUGAAAAGAAUGCUUCGACCAACCGCCAUAACCUCGAACAAUGGAUUGAAUCUUACUCCCCUCUCGAGAUCAAGAAUGCCAAUCAGGCCCGUCGCAAGCUUCGACGCAUCUUACCAACCAAAGCUAGAUCCUAUAGCGCAAUUCAAGAUGAGCGACAGGUCAAAGGACCCCGCAGUGCGUACCUACUCUACUCCAUGGAUAAACAGCAGAGCACAGAGUUCAGCCACUUGCCUACUAAGGAACGUAUGGCGGAAAUUGCUCGUAGCUGGAAGAAUGCAAGCCAGAGCGAGAAGGAGAAAUACAAGACAUUCCAGGCGGAAGAUCGAACGAGGUAUAUCAACGAGUAUAAGUCGACGUACGGAGAAGAACCGAAGAUAUCUGAAUCAAGUGAAGCUGAAGACCAUUAA